AUGGCUGAAUUCUACAGAGAAGCAGGCUUGAAAGAGUUAAAACAAAGAAGAGGAAGGGUUUUGAACGAAGGACAAAUGCAUGAUGACCGUAACACUAGGCAUGGUCUGCGGAAGCACAGACAUUUUAGAAUGGCCCCUACCACUCAUCACCAAGUCUUGUCUGUCACAAGAGACAACUAUCAUAUGUAUCGUGCCGAAUAUUUGGCGCAAACUGCGGUUUCUCCUUCUAUAAAUGCAGAGUUGUCUAAGCUUGAAGCUACCAAGUGA